CCGGGAGGGGUCGCAUGCGCUGUCCAAGUGAAAACACUCAUUAUGGAAGAGCUCUUUCCUGUAGACCAGAAGAGGAACUCCUCCUAGCUUAUUUAUGGAACAAACUCAGAAUGUGACAGAAAACGAUGUGUUUGCGAUGGAAAGCUGUGCUGUGAACAGCGGGUAGUUGUUUCGGAGGAAUCCGGUGUUCUGGUGUUUUGUGUCGGACCAUCUCUGAGAGCCCUGGCAGCAGCACACAGCGGAGCAGGCAGAACGCCAACAUGGCCACAGACGCGUCGUUGAAGCCCUGCCAGAUGGACCGCAGUAGCAGCUUCUUUAAGCUGAUAGACACAUUUUCCACGGAGAUCUCAGAGCUGAAGCAGGAGAUGGUUCAAACAGCUAGAGAGCCAGACACAAAGCUCCUACAAGGUCUGGAAGGGGAGGUGAGUGGCCUGUUCCUGCAGUCGUCGGUUUGCACUGGUGCAGCAGGGGUCCGGGACUCUGGCUAUGACUCUCUAGGCCGGCGCAUAAGUGUGCUGGACAGACUGACACACACACACCCUGUCUGGCUUUUACUGCCACUCAAUGAUGAAGAAGCAAAACGCAUCCUGCAGCCUCAGCCACCCGGGACAUUUCUGGUAAGAAGGUCAUCUAAACUCCAGAAGAAGGUGAUUUCCAUGCGUAUGGACACAGACAGUUCUCCAGUGACUGUGAGGGACUUCCCAGUUACAGAGAGCCAGUACACCUUCUCCUUGGAGGGGUCAGGGAUCAGCUUCGCCGAUCUCUUUCGACUGGUGGCUUUUUGCUGUAUAAGCAGGGAUGUUCUCCCAUUUACGUUGAAGCUUCCUGGGGCGAUCUCUGCUGCAAAGACUACUACUGAUCUAGAAGAAGUAGCCAAGUUAGGAAUAAGAUUCUGGGACUCUAAGCUGUGCCAAAAGAAGAAGAGCUCUGUGCCUGAUGGAUCGGCUGUCCAGCAGGGAGUGAAGCAGGCAGGGCAAAGGAGGUCCCUUGGAGACAAUUUGACACCUGUCCCACGUACUCGAACCCCAUCCCAGUUGGAGUGCAGUCAGUCAAAUGGGGCUCUGUGCUUCAUCAACCCCCUCUUCCUACAGACACACCGCUCUGAACCUGCUUCCACAGAGAUUGUGACCUCAGCAGCAUCUGGAGACAACUGUGCACUUUCACACAGCAGCAGCUCCUCUACUCAGGUCAAAAGCCAUACAAGGCCUCAAAGCAUCCUUCGCCGUGCCAUCAGCAAAGAAUACGCUAGAAACAACGGCGUAAAUAGAGGAGAAAGUUUGUCCCGCUCCCCUCCACCUCGACCACCCCCACCCCGCACCAUCCCGAGUAGACCAGCCGUCCCAAUCAAGCAGAAGAGCAUGCCUGAGACUGGCGUUAGCUGGAUCAAAAUGCCCCAGGAGAAAACGGGCCUGCUGGGGCGCCUGAGUUCCUCGUUCAGCUCCCUCACCCUUUCACCCUCGUCACUCAGCCUCAGCUCACCCAUUCCCAUGCCAUCUUGCCAUGGAAGUAGAGCUUCCAGCAUUCCUGAUGCAGAGGGUCAGCUCUGCCACCUAGCAUUGGAGGACCAGAUCAUCGAGCAGGCAGUGUCUCAAAGCCUGGCCAAGCAGGCAUUAAGGAAUGCAGCCUUGGAGAGCAGAAGCCCUGCAGAGGAGGGCAGCCCCAUAGGCCGAGAGAGACUUAGUGACAUUAGCAUCUCCACCUCCUCCUCUGACUCUUUGGACUACACUCCCAGCUUCACACUGCCCGCAGCAGCCAGCCCCUCCAGAGCUGACAGCAGCCUGGAGGAGGAGGAUGAUGAUGGCGUUGGUGUGGAGAGUGAUCAGGAGCUGAGCAUAGAGCCACCCUUCAAGCCCAAGAAGCGGCACAGCGCUGGCACGUUUGUGCUGCCACGGGCACUCAAAGGACAUCUGCGUAAGGUCAGCGGCGUCUUUAAUUCGCUCAUGACACCAGAGAAAAGAGCAGUGAAAAGGAUUGUAGAGCAAUCCCAGAACAAAAGCACAUACUUUGGUUGCCUGGUGCAGGACUACAUGAGUUUCAUGCACGAGAAUUGCAGCUGCCAUGAAUCAGGCCUUGAGCUGCUGCAGACCGUCCGGCAGUUCAUGACUCAAAUGAAAUCCUACCUGCUGCAGAGCUCGGAGCUCAACCCUCCCAUUGAGUCCCUCAUUCCAGAGGACCAGAUUGAUCAGGUACUGGAGAAAGCCAUGCACAAAUGCAUCCUGAAGCCUCUGAAGCCUGUGGUAGAGGCGGCUCUACACAACUUCCAGGUGAGCAGUGGAGUCUGGCAGCAGCUGAAGGAGAACCUGGCAUUGGCCAAAACCAAACAGCCGCAAGAGAUGGGUGUAGACGGAGCCAUGCCACCAGACCCUGUGGCCAUAGAGAAGAUUCGCCAAAAGUUCCACAAUAUGAGCAAGAUGUACUCACCUGAGAAAAAAGUGUCACUACUGCUCCGUGUCUGCAAGCUCAUUUAUACUAUCAUGGAAGACAAUUCAGGGAGAAUGUACGGGGCGGAUGACUUCUUACCUAUGCUGACAUAUGUGUUGGCUCAAUGUGACAUGCCUGAACUGGACACAGAGAUUCAGUACAUGAUGGAGCUACUGGAUCCCUCUCUGCUACAUGGAGAAGGUGGAUACUACUUGACAAGUGCAUAUGGAGCCAUGUCUCUCAUUAAAAACUUCCAGGAAGAGCAGGCUGCACGGGUGCUGAGCUCAGAAACCCAUAACACACUCCACCAGUGGCACCGCAGACGCACAGCUCAGCGCAGCACACCAUCCGUGGACGACUUUCAGAAUUACCUAAGAGUGGCACUCCAGGAACCAGACAGCGGUUGUACAGCUAAAACUCUGCAGGUGCGACCAUACGCCACCACAGAGGAGGUGUGUCAGUUAUGUGCUGAAAAGUUCAAGGUGCAUGACCCUGACAACCAUGCCCUGUUCCUGCUGACGGAGGAGAGCACGCAACAGCUGGCCCCAGACACACACCCACAGAAGAUCAAAGCAGAGCUGCACAGUCGCCCGCAGAUUCAGGCGUUUUACUUCAUCUACCGCCGAAUCCAGAACCGCAGCCUUACUGCUCCAGCAGACGAAUUCAAUGGAAACUCAGUGCCUGUCUGAACCCGAAGCUUCUGAAGCCUGCAUUUCCUCUCUCAUCUAUAAGUUUUUUCACAGCACCACAAAGCCAAUAGUGCUGUUUUGGAAAUGUUUGCAUCUGAAGGAAACGGAAAAUGAUGCUGUGCCCUGAGGAAAGAAGGAAGGAAGGACGUGUCUGACAGAUGCUGCAUUUUCAGCUCUUCUUUGUCUUUUUUUAAUCUUUUAGGAACUGGAACGUGAGUAUCACAUUUGAGGAAGCUACUUUUAUGUUGUAUACAAUACAAACGUUCACUAUGAAUGUGCAUGUUCAUAAUGGAGCAAGGCCUAUUUAAUAGCUGUUUAAAGGUUCUCUUUGCUGAGGAUUUUCUAUACAGCUUCAGUAUAAAUAAUGCAGUGCUCUACAUGACUGCUCUUUUUUAAAGGGCAAAAUGUACUUGAUAUGUUUUAAAUAGCCUGCUAAUGCUCAUAUGGUGGCUGGCUUCAGGAAGCUGCUUAGCCCACAGUCCGACAUGUCAUGUAAUAUGAGCAACUCUACUACCAAGGACAUGAAGGAAUAGAUAUCUAUAUCAGACUUUACACUUUGCAUUUUUAUAUACUGAAAACCUAAUUGUUAACAUUUUAUAAAAAACGUUUUUUAUGCAGUUGCUGGUAAACUGCUUUCUUUUAUAUAUGAAAAAAUAAAAUAGUAUAAUAAUGCAUGCAAUUGUCGGUUAAGAAUAUCAACUAAGAAGCAGGCAGUGUUGCCAGUGAUGUUUUAUAAUAUGUGUUUUUGUAUGAAUGAAAUCAUGAGUCAGCGCUGGUAGUUAAUCCGUAAUCCACAAACAUGUUUGUGCUCCCAUCCCUGUUAAUUUAUAAAACACUUUUGGAAUGAAUAUGAAUAUAAAUGAAAUCUUGAAUCCAAGUUGUAGAGAAUACUGUACUACUGACAAGCUAAAGGCUUGUGUGUGAAUAAUUCUGAGCUGCAUCUCAGUGGUUUAUGGUCCUUGCUGGCAAGUUUCUGAAAGUGUGCAGUGUAACAGGAAGGUUGUUUGAGAGUGAGCAGGAGUAGAAUGUAAAGAAAUUAGAAAGGAUUAUCUGGAAGGUAAUACAAGAAUGUGAUUACAUUCAGUGGAAGAACAUCUCAAGCAGUGGAUUUUAUACACAUUUUACUGUAAAUUCUGAUCAGGGAACAAUUGAGUAAAUUGUGGGGGUUUUUUUGUUUGGUUUGUUUUUGUUUAUCAUACGUUUAUGCCUAACUACAAAGAUUAAGAUUUACCAAGUGUGUGAUUUCCUGUUAAAGUGCUGUGCAUUUUUUUUAAAAAUUUUUUUAUGUCUGGACAUCCAUGGUAGAAAUGUUAAAGACUGUGAUAAGUAGGCUGUCUGGUAAGAUGAGACCAGAUCAAUGCAAUACGCUAACCCCUGUAGCAUUGGCAGAAACACGUCAUGGGCAUCAGGACAAACAUAAGACGUGAUGUUAAAUUGUCUUUUUUAAGUCUAAAUGUAUAAUGUAAAUGUUUUUUUUAACUAGAUAUUUUAAGGUUGAUACGUAUAUAUUUAUGCAAUCUGUGCAGGGAUUUAUCACAGAUUUUUUCUUUGGAGGGGAAAAAAAAAGAAAACCUUAAACCUUCAUAUGUCUUAAAAUGUUUCACUACUAGCACUCCCAUAAGUGUAAGUUUUGUAUGUGGCAUUUAUUCAUGAACAAUACUAUUUUGCACACAAUAAAAUAAGAAUAUAUACA